CCGUCACCCAUCGCAGUGAACGCUGCCUGCUACGAGGGUGCUGGCUCUGUCGGUCCGCCGCCGUCUCCCAGCCUCAUGAGCUGCACCAGAAUGAUCCAGGUUCUGGACCCACGUCCUCUUACAAGUUCAGUCAUGCCAGUGGAUAUGGCCAUGAGGUUUUGUUUGGCUCAUUCGCCACCUCUGAGGAGUUUCCUGGGCCCUUACAAUGACUUUCAACGAAAAAAUUUUGUAAAUAAAUUGAAGCCUUUGAAACCAUGUCUCAGCCUCAAACAGGAAGCCAAAUCACAGAAAGAAUGGAAACACUCACACAACCAAGCCAAGAAGCGGGUUGUAUUUGCUGACUCCAAGGGCCUCUCUCUUACUGCAGUCCACGUCUUCUCUGACCUUCCAGAAGAACCUGCAUGGGAUCUUCAGUUUGAUCUCUUGGACCUUAAUGAUAUCGCCUCUGGUUUAAGACUCCAUGAGGAGAAAAACCUGAUUUUAGAUUUUCCUCAGCCUUCCACUGAUUACUUAAGUUUCCGGAAUCAUUUUCAGAAGAACUUUGUUUGUCUGGAAAAUUGCUCUUUGCAAGAACGAACAGUGAGUGGGACAAUCAAAGUGAAAAAUGUGAGCUUUGAGAAGAAGGUUCAGGUCCGCAUUACAUUUGACUCCUGGAGAAGCUACAGGGAUGUGGACUGUGUCUACAUGAAGAAUGUGUAUGGCAGCUCAGAUAGUGACACCUUCUCCUUUACCAUUGACUUACCCUCCGUCAUCCCAACUAAGGAGAAGAUUGAGUUCUGCAUUUCUUACCAAGCGAAUGGGCAAGUCUUCUGGGACAACAACGAGGGUCAGAAUUACCGAAUAGUUCAUGUGCAGUGGAAACCGGAUGGGGUGCAGACGCAGAUGACACGCCAGAACUGUGCAUUCAACCAGAUGCCUCCUAAGACUGAAUCGGAGUCAAUAGUCUUUGGCAGUCCGAGGCUGGCUAGUGGCCUGUUCCCAGAAUGGCAGAGCUGGGGCAGAAUAGAGAAUUUGGCCUCUUAUCGAUGAAUUAAGCAACCUACUGAUUGAUUUUGACCUGUUGUAGUCCCCAUGCAAUUCUAGGUCUGUAUUGCUCAAUAUUAGGAAGCCUUUGCUACUUUCCAUCUAUAGGUUUAGCUUUGAGUCUUUGGGACCUGGCAACAGAAAAAUAUGAGCCAUUUGAGCAUUUUGUUCUAGAUGAUCAAGUAACAGCCUGGGAACUAUUUCUGUUUAAUCCUUUAUUUUUUCUCCCAGUACCCUUCCUGUCUUCCCUCUCAAUUCACUAGCUUUCACAUUGGGCAAGAACAACUUGAGGAAGGACAGUUGAUGGUGAUGGAAAGCUGUGUUAAUGGUAUGAGGAAUGUGUGAAAGGGUUAUGCAAAUAGCUCUGAGACUCAAACCGGAGUAGAAGUGGAGGUCUGAACAUUUAAUUGUUGGUGAAAUGAUGUAAGGUUAUUUUGUGUUUUGAAGUUGGUUUUUCAACUUUUUCUCCUGGAGAAGUAACUCAGAAGAGAGGAAAGAGGUCUGUUCUACAUAUUGUGAAGAAAAGCAAAAUCAACUUUUAGGGUAUUGGAUGGUGUUGGGGGAAGAUGAACUAUAUAAUUUUGGAGACUCAAGACCUUAAGUAAAGCCUUUCUGUUUAACCAUGGUCUAUUUUUUAAAAAAAAAAAAGUCAUGAUUUGGGGCAAGUUUAAUUGAAUCUGUAUUUGAAAUCCUAAAUGUGACAAGUGACUUUGCCAUCAAGGCAUAGUACUUGGGUUCUUGGUAUAUAUGGAAUGUUGUGGCCAACUAGUUAUGCCAUCACCCAUGGCUAACAGCACCAGGAAUCCAUUUAUGUCAAAGAUAGUUCUUUCCAAGUGCCUUGAUUAAACCAAAAAAUAAUGUUGUUUAACCCAAAUAUCUGAUCAUGCAUGAGUUUCUGACCUUCCACAAAGGUCCAUUCACUAGUAUUGCUCCUGCAAUACUGUUGUACUUUCAAGAGUGUUGUCAGUGUACACAAUUCACAUCCUUCAUAUUGAAGGUGACUCAUCUUUCUUUCAUGCUUUUUUGAUGCAGUGUUUGAAGUGAGGACUGACACUAGGAUUCUCAAUACCAGAGUCCAGUACCUUGCACAUAGAAGGAGCAGUCUAUUUUGUUGCCUGUUUUUGUGUUUUACUUUCCUUUGAAGUCAAAUGCUGCUGUUCUUUUUUAAAUAUAUAUUUAAAGAGAAAGGAUGUGAAUUUUUGGGGGGGUGUGAAUUCUUUUCACGUGUGCAUAAAUCCAUUCGUUAAGAUCCUGAGGACCGGAUUCCUGAAAUGUUUGAUUCAUCUUGUGCAUGUCUAUUGAGAAAUGUUAGGAGAAUGCAGUUAAUUUUAACAUGUGUGAUCUUCUAUACUGGAAAAAUGCUGUUGGUGUAACUCAGCUAUGACUGUAUUUGAGCUUGUAACUAGUAUCCAUAAUUUUUCUACUGUAAAUGUUUCAGUUUCUUCUAGUUAUCCUCUAGGAGCUUCUCACUUUAAGAAUAAAUGUGUUUGAUAGAA